AUGGCUCUUACCUGGUUAAUAGCUGUAGGUAUUGCUGCUGCAAUCAUCCCCUUAGGCAUUCAUCAAAUUCCUGAAGGGCACUAUGGAAUAUAUUACAGAGGAGGUGCUCUUCUGACAUCGAUGACUGCGCCCGGUUAUCAUGUUAUGGCACCUUUUAUUACGUCAGUAAAAGUUGUUCAAACAACUUUACAAACUGAUGAAGUUAAAAACAUUCCAUGUGGAACCAGUGGUGGUACUAUGAUUUAUUUUGAUAAAAUUGAAGUUGUUAAUAUUUUAAAUCGUGAAGCUGUUCUUGAUAUUGUACGAAAUUAUACAGUUAAUUAUGAUCGAACAUUAAUAUUUGAUAAAAUUCAUCAUGAAGUUAAUCAAUUCUGUUCAGUACAUUCACUUCAAGAAGUCUAUAUCGAUUUAUUUUCCAGUAUUGAUGAUCAUCUUAAACGAACAAUACAAAAUGAUUUAAAUAUUUUAGCACCAGGACUUUAUAUUAGUUCAGUUCGAGUAACAAAACCAAAAAUUCCCGAAGCAAUUCGUCGAAAUUAUGAAACUAUGGAACAAGAAAAAACACAAUAUAUGAUCACAACUGCUCAUCAACAAGUUGUUGAAAAAGAAGCAGAAACUGAUCGUCGUCGUGCAGUGAUUGAAGCUGAAAAAUUAGCUCAAGUUGCUAAAAUUCAAUAUGGACAAAAAAUUUCAGGCAAAGAAGCUGAAAAACGUAUUGCUGAAAUCGAAGCUGAAAUGCAUUUAGCUAGAGAACGUUCGUUAGCUGAUGCAAAUAAAUACAAAAGUGCUACAGAAGCUGAAUCAAAUAAAGUAAAACUGACACCGGAAUACCUGCAAUGGUCUAUGUAUCAAGCAUUAGCAAAAAAUACAAAAGUUUACUUUGGUAAUUCAAUUCCAAAUAUAUUUACAACAGACGUAAAAUUAGAUGAUCAAUCGAAGAAAAACUAA